AUGGAGAACACACUUAACUACACUAACUCUACUCUCAAUGGUCUAACCUCCACUCUACAAGCUCUCAUAUCCUGUUUGGAUCAAGUUCCUAUCCUCAGCAAUCAACCUUCGAGCUCCAAUACACUUCCUUCUCAACUUUUACCCAACCCAAAGGGUGGAAUUAAUGCCAUUACUUUGAGGUCUGGAACCACACUGCCAGAGAGGAGUCUUGAGGAGCCAACCAAAAAAGAAAAUAUUCCAGCUGAAGACACUGUUGAGGUAGAAAAUGCUGCAGAAGAGGACACACAAGACAUAGUUGAAGAAAAAGUAGCUCAACCAAAGAAUAGAGUACCAAAGGAAGGUGAAGCUACAGAAGAUGCCAUUCCCAUUCCAUUUUCACACCUUGCUAGGAAAUCUAGAAAGCAGAUGGAACUAGACCUGAAGAUGGUAGAGAUAUUCAAAAAGGUUGAGGUAACUAUUCCCCUUUUUUAUGCUAUUCAACAAGUACCUAAAUAUGCUAAGUUUCUAAAAGAUCUAUGUAUGCAUAAGGAUAAAAUUAAUGAUUUAGAAACUAUUCCCUUAGGUAGCUCUAUAUCUGCUUUAAUGGGUGAUAUACCAGAAAAAUGUGGGGAUCUUGGUCCAUGCAUGGUUACUUGUGCUAUUGAGGGUGUUCAAUUUUUUGACUGCAUGUGUGAUUUAGGAAUCGCUGAAGACGUGCUGGUGAGCAUCAGGGGGUUGACAUUCCCUAUUGACUUUUAUAUUUUAGAGAUGCCCCCUAAUGACUCAGGGAGACCAUCAUCCAUCCUACUAGCAAGGCCAUUUCUGAAGACUUCCAAGUUUAAGCUAAACGCCUUCUCAGGAGCAUACUCUUUUGAGAUUGAUGGCAGAACAGUCUGUUUCAAUCUUGAUAAAGCCAUGAGGUACCCACAAGAAGACCACUCUAUCAUCCAAUGUGACGUUAUUGAAGAAGUUGUGGCAGAAGUUCACCAAGAAGAUAUGGAUGACAAGACAAUAGAAGCAGAUGUAAGUGUGGGGAUGCCAUCAAAGUUUACUGAGGACACCCCACUACCCUCCAUGACCUUGGAUGAUCAAGAGCCUAGCCAUGAGCAGGAGACGGAAUUGAAGCCCCUUCCAUCCCACCUCAAGUAUGCUUAUCUUGAGGAUAAUUAG